AUGGGUGGGUUAUUUCUUACAGAAGAUUGCGGUGACGAACUUCAAGACGAACUUCAACAAGUCAAAGAGCCUGUUUUGAAGAAGCGAAAGAUUAAACAGUUUGCUGAUAGAGAUUUUGGUGCUGCAAAUUCAGAGACCAAAGAGUUUGCUAAUAAAGGUCUUGCUGCUAUCGAUUCAGAUUCAGACUCAGAUUCGUUUCUGGAUUCAGAUUGGGAAAAUGUCGUGUUUCAGCCCGUUACGCCAAUACAACAAGAAUGGCAUGAAAGUUUCAACAUCACUUUGAGGCUGGAUGACGAUGACGAAGAAGAAAGGAAGAAGAAGAAGAAAUUGAAAGAGCUUAUUCUCCAAAAGCGUCAAAGGAUAAGCCUUCAGAACUUGAGCAUUGUUUCAUAUAUACUAAAUGCUCAGCACCGAAAUAAACUACUAUCGCAUAAAAAGGUUCUCAAAACUUUGAAGCAUCUCCUACCAAAACAAUUGAUAAAAUAUUACCGAAACUUCAACAGGAGCACCACUGCCACUGCCACUGCCGCUGCCGCUGCCACGGAGCGAGAACAAGAUCAAGAUAAGUUACUUAUUUAUAUCCUCAAAUAUCUAAUCAAGUGGUUUCGAAAAAACUUUAAACAUGAUUCUAACGGAUUACGAGUAUUAGGAUAUCUUCCUAAACGUGGCAGUAGUAACGGCAGUGCAGCUAAAUUGGAAGACUACUUUGUCAACAAUGCCAAACCAAUAACCAAUGCAAACGAAUUGUGCAAAAUCAUUAAAAGAUUUCAGCAUAAUCGAGAUACUGGUGCACAAUUGUUUACAGCAUUACUUAGAUCCUUGGGCUUGGAAGCCCGGUUGGUUUAUUCGGUGCCUCUUUUAAGUACUGGGAAACCAAUCAAGUUUCAACCAAAACUAAAUAAAGACAUAAUCAGGGUGAAUAAAGAUAAUGAUUUGCUAUACCCUUAUUUCUGGACAGAAUUAGUAAACCCACUCAAUCAGUCGGAGGUUAUUGUGAUUGAAACACAAUGUUUCUUGGAAGAAGAAAGGCAAUUAAUAAGGCUCAACCGUUUUGACGGUAAAAUAGAAAAUUCCUACACUGGUCAAUACUAUCCAGCUCAAAGCCAGUUGUGUCAAAUGUCAAUGCAUUACGUGCUAGCUUUGAGCAAUAACAAUGCGAUAAUUGAUGUAAGCUCGCGGUACAUGAAAGAUAUAUCUUACCGAUGGUUUGGAAAAUUGGAUUUAAGGACAGAAAGUGGCAGAUUGGCAUUAUUGAUGCAGUCUGUAUUGCGGAUUAUGAAUAAAGAUAAAACUUAUACUAGGUAUGAUAAUCUCGAGUUGGAUGGUCUUCGCGCUUUAGCUAUGCAUAACUACAUCAUACCAAAGACGUUUUCAGCAAUGAAAAAAAGCCCGAAUUUUGUAACUCCAUCUACUUUGAGAUAUAAUGAGGUGAUUACUCCGGGAAUUGAGCCUGUGAAGAGGAUAAAGUUGGAUGGUAACGGUAGAACGAAAGAACCGGUAUAUUUCAAAAAAUAUGUAAUGGUUGGGAAAUCCGACAAACAAUGGAAGUUUUUUGGUAGAUCAAUUAAAUUGGAAGAAGUGGACAAACCAAUCAAGCUAACAAAAGCAACACCUCGAACAAUAUAUAACAAGAGAGUAUUCAAUCAAAAUCAGAUAUAUAAUCCUGAGUUGAAUGACGUAAGGUUAGCAGGUCUUGCUGCAGCACAAUACUAA